AUGUCAUACUUUAUUUUUUCAAUUUUGAUUUCCAAACGACAAUCUGCCUUUUACGAUGACGAAGAUGACGAUGAUUCAACUUUGUUGUCAGAUAGCGAGGCCGACUCCUCUGAUCAACUGGCCCUACCUGAUGACGGCGGGAUGGAUGACAGUUAUGGUAACAGCCACGAUAGCGAGUGGGACACCAUUUCCACAUUCAGUCAAGCUGAGCAGGAGCAUGAAGCUUUGAUAUUAGAUUUAAUUGAUGAACAAUCAGAUAUGCCAGAAAUUCCGUUGCUUAACGAAGACCAGACCAUUAAUUCUGCAUCAGAUCAGUUAUCAUCCGCUGAAGCUAAUCCUUUUUUGCCAUCUGAAAAGCCAGCUUUAGGAGCCUCACUUUCUCCACAUUUGAAGUAA